CCAUCUCUAAAUGCCUGCACGUGUGAAAGGAAAACAUUGAUAAAUGCGCUGUUAGACUGCCAAAAAAAAAAAAUCGAAAAUGGGUAAAUUAAACGUGACAGUGCUGCGCUAUCUCACCAAGGAGGACUUUCGCGUUCUCACCGCCAUCGAGAUGGGCAUGAAGAACCACGAACUUGUCCCCGGACCCUUGGCAGCAGCCAUUGCGAACCUGAAAUCGGGUGGAGUCCACAAGUUGCUUAAGGAACUUUGCAAGCAUAAACUGCUGGCAUAUGAGCGAGGCAAAAAGUACGACGGCUAUCGCUUGACCAACACGGGCUACGAUUACUUGGCUCUUAAAUCCCUUACUUUGCGGGGAUCAGUUAGUUCGUUUGGUAAUCAAAUCGGCAUUGGCAAAGAGUCCAACAUUUAUGUGGUGGCCGAUGAGGAAGGCACUGCCAUUUGUCUGAAACUGCAUAGAUUGGGUCGCACUUGUUUCAGGAACGUAAAAGCUAAGAGAGAUUACCAUGGUCGUCGUCACAAAGCCUCCUGGUUGUACCUAUCCCGCAUCUCGGCCACCCGCGAGUUUGCGUACAUGUCUGCCCUGUACGAUCGUGGAUUUCCUGUGCCCAAACCCAUUGAUUUUAAUCGUCACUGUGUUCUCAUGGAUCUUGUCAAAGGCUGGCCCAUGACCCAAGUUCAUGAGCUGCUGGAUGCCCCACAGGUUUACGAUGACCUCAUGAAUCUAAUUGUCCGCCUGGGAAAUUCUGGAGUAAUCCAUGGCGAUUUUAACGAGUUUAAUUUGAUGGUGACGGACGCCGGCAAGCCCAUAUUGAUUGAUUUUCCACAGAUGAUGUCCACCUCGCAUGAGAAUGCUCAAUUCUUCUUCGAACGUGACGUAAACUGCGUGCGGGAAAUGUUUCGUCGCAAAUUUGGUUACGAAAGCGAAGACUACCCCAAGUUUAGCGAUCUUGUGCGAGAGGAUGAUCUGGAUGCGGAGGUACAUUGCACAGGUUAUGGCUUCACCAAAGAGAUGGAACAGGAUCUGCUCCAAGAGUACGGCAUGGUGGAACAGGAUGAUGAGGACGAAGAGGGUGACGAUGUUGAGGAGGAGGAGCCUCCCACCUUGGUUACUGCGGCAGCGGUUGAGAUUGACGAGUGCAGACGACAGGUGGAUAAUGAGGUGUUAUAUAGCGAGGCUAAGCCAACUCAAAAGACAGAUGAAGCUGUGCGUCGCUACAUUGAAUCGUGUACACAAUAUCUAGGACAUCUGAAUGUAGGUCCAGAAGUUCCCGAUCAGACACUGCCCGAGAAGUUGGACGUUUCCCUUCCGGUUGAAAUUCCUAAGGAUAUUCCGGAAAAAUUGGGUGAUUUAGCUGAACAUACUGCAGCAGAAGAUGCAAAGUCCAUCAGCUCCAACGAUCUGGAUACCGACGAAGUGCCCGAACUCGUCGGCUUGGAUCCGAACUCGCGCAUGUAUCGCCUGAAAAUGGUUGAACAAAUGCUAAAUGACGCGAGAAGUCAGCGCUCUUUCUCCACAACAACCAGCACAAUAGCUCCGUCCGUGAUCACAGACCGGAUACGCCGAAACAUGGACAUCAAGGAAAAGCGGGAGCAGCGCAAGAAGUGUGUGGCCAAGGGGGAGGCUAGUGCUGUGCACCGUCAUCGCAAGGAGAACAAGGAUGUGGUUAAGGAAUAUGCCGGCUGGGACUUCUAGAUAUUUUUUUUUGAUAUUUUUUAUUCCUUGUAGUGAUAUGUAUAUUUAAAAUAAAAAGGGUUAAACUAAAGUGAAA